CCCCGGGUCCGCCCUCCUCCCCGCGCGGGGCUGGCCGGGGCUGGCGGGGGUCCCUGCGGUGACCGCGCCGGGCCCGGCCGUGGGCGUGGAGAGAGCCCGCGUGGCGGGCUGUCCCGGCGGCGUCCCUGCCAGGCGUAGGAACCGAGCCCUCCGCCGGCUGUCCCAGGCCGGGUGGGAGGGCAGGGCGAGGAGCGUCUGGAGGGACGACGGCCGAGCCGCUUUCCUGGGGGAAGUGAGGGGUCGCCGCCGUAGGAAUGACGAAAAGAAAAAGAAAUUGGAAUAUAGAAUACCCAUCCUUUCCAGGAGAGAAUCCAUUGCAGUUCAGAAGAGUAGGUCUCAGGACAGUGGGAACAGCUGCUUCCCUCUCUGAAGCAUGGCUCAGGUGUGGAGAAGGAUUUCAGGACGCUUCUGAGAUUCUGUCAUCAACAGCUGAAAAGAAGACUCUUAUAGAAAAAUGCCUUGAAUUAUCCCCUAAAUCCAAGGAAGAAGCUAUCACAUCUAAGGGUACCAGUGGUCUUACAGAUAUAACUUGGAGUUCCAGUGGAAGUGAUCUAUCAGAUGAAGACAAAACAAUUUUGAAAUCACAGAGAGAUGAUGAACAUGGUUCUAAAAUAGACAGGUUUUGUGACAGGAAUACUUUAUGUCCAGAAGAUGGGGCCAGUGAAGAUGAACUACAGUUGAUUGACUGGGAGAUUGACAGUGACAGCAAAGAUACUAAUGAAUGCAGGGAAUUUGAAGGCAGUGAGAGUGCUGUGGAAAUAUCAGACUGUGUUUCAGCUGCAAGCAGUCAUUCUUUGACAAGUGAAGAGAGGCUAUCUGAGCUUCCUAAGAGAAAUUCUACAGAAAUUUUGGAGUAUUCAUCAGAGAGUGAAAAAGAAGAUGACUCAGAGAAUGUUUUGUUCAUUGAUUCAGACUCUUCUCACAUGGAUUUUGGAUCAGAUGGAAGACAGAAUGUGGAGACACUGAUCAACCCAACGGUGAAAUCUACAGAGACCAUUUUGUAUACACCCCAGAAACAGUCAAAGUUUUCUAGGACUCCAGAAAAUUCAGCAAAGAAGAAGCUUUUAAGAGGCGGGCUAGCAGAAAGACUAAAUGGAUUGCAGAAUCGAGAGAGAUCUGCCAUUUCUUUAUGGAGACAUCAAUGUGAUUCUUACCAAAAGACACUUUCAGGUAGAAAAUCUGGUAUAUUAAUUGUGAAAAUUCUAGAGCUACAUGAGGAAUGUGCCAUCCAAGUUGCCAUGUGCGAACUGUUAGCAGGGCUGCAGGCUGACUGCCCUUCUCAAGGUGAGGCCCCUGGGACUGGCCUAAAGGUACUCUUCACCAAGGAAACUGCACGCCAGCUUAGGGGACAUCCCCAAGACAUCGUCCAUAUCUACCCUCCCUGGCAGAAGCUUAUUAUCCCAGGUGGAAGUUACCCUGUUAUUCUGAAUACUUACUUUUGCCAGAAAGUCGUUGCCAAAGGAGAUUCAAAAACAACACAUGAACUGCAGUAUUGGGACACACCCCUUCCAAGAAGAUGCAUCACUUUGGCCCAGAUGUUUAUAUUUAAAAUUGUAACAAAUAAUUCACCUGAAAGCCAGGCUACGUGUAGUGGUCUUACCACCAUGGGGACAGACUGGACCCACGGGCACAAAGAAGCAAAACGACCCUUCCCAGCCCAAGCUUCCCUGAAGGAUUCUCUCCUGGAUGCAGCAGAAAGCCAGGGAUCCGCCACCAGGUCUGGAGUUGUGGUCCGAGUGGUUGUACAGAGAGUUUACUACCUUCCCUGCAGGUAUCAGCAGGCAGGUGGCUCAGCUGCUCCACCUGGCUCAGACCCACCUAGAACUCGAGUCGGCCUUCUUGUGCAGGAUGCCUAUGGAAUGUUCAGUGAGGUGCACUCAGAGGACGCCAUCCUGAGGGACAGACAGUUGGAAGGGAAGUCCUGCAGCCUGGCAGGAAUGAAGGUUCUACAAAAGGCUACCCGUGGAAGGACUGCUGGGCUUUUCAGUUUGAUUGACACCAUGUGGCCCCCUGUGGUGCCCCUGAAAGCACCUGGCCAUGGCCAUGCCUAUGAGGAGGUGAAGACUCAUCUGCCUCCUCCUAGCUUCUGUUACAUCCUUACAGCUCCUCCAAAUCAGGGACAAAUUGAUAUAAUUGAAGAAGACCCCGUAGCUCAGCUGUACCAGCCUCCAGUUCCCCGCUUCUUAAGGGAAAUUCUCCAGACUGAAGAUCCCGGCGUCCGGUGCAGUUUCUAUGCCAGGGUGAUUUAUCAAAGACCUCAGGUAAACAGUUUGCAUCUUCUGGAGCAAAGGGAGAUUUGGUUGACAGUGACUGAUGUCACCCUGCAAAUGCAAGAUGAGAAUGGCUCUGGCCUCCCCAAAACCAUGCCAGUCUGUGUGGCCUCCUCAUGUGUGCUGGGCCAGGAAAUCCUGGAUGCGCUGGCUGGGGCUGCCUCUCACUACUUCCUCUUCAGGGACACUCUCCGAGACCAGGGUCAGAUUGUUUGUGUUGAACGGACUGUACUCUUACUUCAGAAGCCCCCUUUGGUCAUGGCCUCUGGGGCUUGCCCCCAUGAGCUGAUGGGCCCUGUGAAGCUUGAUGAACUGGAUUCUGUCACCCAGGUCAACUGCAUUUGCAGUGUUCAAGGCACUGUGGUUGGUGUGGAUGAACGCACUGCUUUCUCAUGGCCUACGUGUGACCUGUGUGGCAACGAGAGAUUGGAACAGAGCCCAGAAGACAGAAGCACCUUCUUCUGUGGGGACUGCUUCCGUGUGGUCACCUCUCCUCUUCUCCGAAGGCACCUGCAAGUCUUCCUGGACUGCCCCUCGCGGCCCCAGUACACAGUGAGAGUCAAGCUGCUACAGAGCAGUAUUUCCUCCCUCCUGAGGUGCGCUGCCUGCGAAGAUGGGAGUUAUGAAGUGAAGAGUGUCCUCGGAAAGGAGGUGGGUUUGUUGAGCUGUUCUGUCCAGUCCAUAACCACCCACCCGACUAGCUGCAUCGAACUGGAGGAAAUCGAGCUCCUGAGUGCAGGCAGAGCCCCUUCUCAACACCGUCAGUCGCCGCAGGACCAGGACCUGUGAACUUUGCAAUGUGCCUGCAGGGGUGGUGGUGGUGGUUUUUGCCAGUUACUUGUUAACUCUGGGCAGAGUACAUAAAAUGUAUUUAAUGAUUUUGAAGUGGAACUUAGAAUUUUCUGGGGCAAAUGUUAAACAGUUUUGUAAGCUAUAAAUCAAAAUUUUUUCUAUAGUUACAUAUUUUUCUUACCUCUGAAAAUUUAGGAAUGUGUCAUUAAAGCUUAAAUAAGCUAGAAGUCUUCACUUUAUAUUUAUCUUAGGCAAAAUUAUAUAUAUAGCAAAAAAAUUUUGAGUUGUAACUUUGAAAUGUUUACAUUUUACUGUCUCAUGAUGUUUUGUAGUAUUUAACAUUCCCCCAAAGAACACCCUGCAAAGCUUAAACUUUUGUCCCAUACUGUGAUAUUACUGUUCUGCUACAAUAAACAUCCAACCUAAGCAUU